AUCCAACUGCAAGCAACGUGCUAUGGUCACCACGUGGAGAUCCGAGUCAGUACUUGCUUCGUUCUAAGUAAAGCACUAGGAGGUCCGUGCGCUCCCUCAAAGGGUUUGUGUGCUUCGAAGAUUUACGCCUCGCUCCUCCAGUUAUACGUACUAUAUCUUUCACUCCGCGCCAUGUAUGCAUGCCUGCUCAUUCCAGAGAUUCUAAAACAAAUUUUCUCUGAUAUCUAUUUCUCUGGAACGAACGGUGGUUUACAAGAUUAUUGGGAUCACUGCUACUUUCGCGACCCACCGUACUAUCCAUCCCAACCCGAUCGAGGAACCGCACGACGUUCUCUAGCCGUACUCUCCCGUGUCUGCAAGUCCUUCAAAGACGUAGCGUUGGAUGUGCUCUGGGCCGAGCUGGAGAAUUUGCAGCCGCUUUUCACUUGUCUUCCACAAGAUUUAUGGACGAGGAAUAGCAAUCUGAAACUUACCACACAGAGACCUGUGACCGCAGCAGAUUGGUCGGUCUUCGAGCGAUACGCACCUCGGGUGCGAGUUCUGGGAGACGUGAGAUCAGAUAUUUUCGGAGGCAUACGUGCGGAUUUCGUCUAUGCCAUAAUGAGUUUUUCUUCCCAGUCGCUGCUGCUGCCAAACCUUCGAGCACUCUGCUGCGGAGGAUGUCCUCGCAACCUCCAUCCAUGUAUGCGUUACCUUCUGGGUCCUAACCUCAGCUACCUACAUCUGGCGUCCAAUCAAGCAGAUUUUUGGACGCACAUCAUGUCUUCGUUGGUAUCAGGUCUCUGCAGACAUUCUCCAAGACUGGAAUUCGUCAAACUACAUCCGACGUCUUCCAAAGUCACUGAGGUUACUCUCCACGGGCUCCUGUUCCUGCGGAAGAUACGGCUUGGCUUGCGCGGCAACGAGGAUUUGUCUUAUUUAUAUCGUAUCGUUGGCCUUCAAGAGUUGCACAUCCAGAUUAUGAAACCUUACGCUCGCGUCAAAUCUCAAUUUCGUACCUCUUGCCUGGACAAAUUAGUCAUCAGUGUAUCCGAUUUCGAGGCCUUUGAUGGAGAUAUGACAGAAGGCUGGAUUAUUCCAUGCAGACAGUUGCAACUCGUUCCCCACGAUGUAGAAACUUCCCUUUCCGUUGAACGCACCCUACGCAAGCUGACCGAUCGGGUACUUUUCGAUGAUCUCGAAUGUAUCACCCUGUAUGCUAGUACCCACAUCGGGGAGGCAUUCACUGUCCACACAUUCACUCCCCUCAUGCGCUUCUCCGGGCUGAAAGAGGUUGAUCUUUCAACAUGGUGUAUGUCAUUGCUUGAUGACGAUGGACUUGGUUCAAUCGUGAAGUCCUGGCCAUGCCUCGAGCGCCUUGAGUUGGGAAACAAAGUUAUAUGGGACGAGGACGCGCCCAUGAUAACUUUUCGGGGCCUUGUCACGUUACUAUCGUCUUGCCCCAAUCUCAGGACGCUUGGUUUGGUAUUUGAUGCUACGAAUGUAGAUCCAAUUACCGCCGAGAAACCAGGAGGUGGAGUCUGCAACACAAAUAUCACCACCUUUUCAGUAGGGGGCUCUCCGAUUAAACGACCACUGCUGGUCGCGGUCGCACUCGAAGCGGUCUUGCCGUGCUUGAGAAAGUUCAAGAUCGAAGGAAAUGAAUAUGACCUCUGGGAGGAACGGGGUUCAGACCGAAAUCUGCAACAGGCCAGGUGGGAAGAGGUAUCGGAGUACAUUGGUGUUCUCCCUUUGAUCAGGCAGCAUCAGAGUUCACGUGUUUAAUCCAACGUUACGGGCUUCCAGUCAGGCUCCAUAGAAGGUCAAUAGCGUCACUUGUUGAGUAUUGUAGGUAAUCUACUUUGCACUAUUAAACAUCGAAGAUGAUAUAUUACCUAUAAGUCACUAGCUGAGGUGUACUUAGAUGUUCUACCUACAUCUCGCAAUGGACGAGCGUCGCUGGUCCCAGAAGAACUUCCUCGCCCAGGUGUUGGUUCUUGGAUUGGACGGUGAACACCGACGCAAAUGCUUGAUGCUGAAGUUAUUAAACGAGGGUGAGCAAUGUGAG